GAAGGAGGGCGGGAUUGGGGAAGGUCCCGGCGUGCCCGGCCCCCGCCCGCUCUCCCGCCGGGCGCCGCGGCCGCAGUUACUUAGCGGUUGGGAGCGGGCGCUGGCUGUGGCUUUCUUUGCUGGGGAGGGUUUGCCGCCGGAGGCGCGACGCAGCCGCUCCUCGCCUAGCCAUGGCUAAGGAAACGAAGAAGCCCUUCCGCCAGAGCAUGGCCGAGUGGCGGCAGUUCAUCUACAACCCCAACAGCGGCGAGUUCCUGGGGCGCACGGCGAAGAGCUGGGGAUUGAUCUUGCUAUUCUAUCUGGUAUUCUAUGGCUUCCUAGCAGCACUCUUCACAUUUACAAUGUGGGUUAUGCUUCAGACACUGAGCAGCGAUAUACCCAAGUACCGGGACCGCAUUUCUAGUCCAGGACUUAUGAUUUCACCAAAGCCAGACACUGCAUUGGAAUUUUACUUUAAUAGGAGUGACAGCCAAUCAUAUUCAGAAUAUGUUACUACACUUCAAAACUUCCUUGAAUCAUAUAAUGAUUCAAAGCAGUCACAAAACAUAGACUGUACCCGGGGGAAGAUCUUUGAUCAGAGCGAUGCUGCUGUUAAAAAGGCUUGUCGAUUUAACCUCUCUGACCUCGGACAGUGCUCUGGCAAGGAAGAUGCAAAUUUUGGCUAUUCUAAAGGAACUCCCUGUGUGCUUGUGAAAAUGAAUAGAAUAAUUGGAUUAAAGCCUGAAGGAGAGCCACAUAUACAGUGUACCCCUAAGGAAGAAGGCAUGGUUAACAUAAAUUAUUUUCCUCCUAAUGGCGCAAUGGACUUGAUGUACUUCCCGUACUAUGGGAAAAGCUUGCAUGCUCACUAUUUGCAGCCUCUAGUGGCUGUUCAGCUAGCAAUUACCCCCAACGGUACCAAAGAAGAAAUAGCAAUUGAGUGUAAGAUCCUGGGCUCACCUAAUUUAAAAAAUCAAGAUGACCGUGACAAGUUCCUGGGACGAAUUGCCUUCAAAGUUCAGAUGUCUGAAUAGCUGGAGUAAGCACUCUCCACAAAGUAAAUGUUGUGUUGUCUGUUUUGUAUCAGCUGGACAUGCCAUUCUAGGAUAUGAGACCACCUUGAAGAAUGUUAAGGUGGUUCAUGGCGUUCAGGGUAGCAUAAUAAUAUGCUUCCAAAUUGUAUGUUUAAAUUCCCUUAAAGUAAAUGCCUAUCCUGCUUUUUGCCUGCCCUGUUGGAACAGUGUACAGACUAUAGUUAUGUCAUAGGGACCUGUAAAUAGCUGUUUUCAAACACAUAAUAAUGGUGACCUUUGUCCUGCUCUAAAAUGUGGUUUUAUCCUCCAAGUGAGUGUCUCAAGCUUAAUGUGCUGUGCUCUGUAAAUAUUGUAUUGAUUUAACACUGGUUUAACUGUCAUAUCUCAAUGCUGACACAGUUAGAGGGAUAAAUAAUAAAUGGUACCUGAUUGACAUAGUGAUUUCUUUGUAAGAGUAAACACCUCCAACAUAAAUCGUGUGUAUGGGAGUGGGUGGGUCAGUGGAUGGAUGGCUGUGUGGAGAUGCCUUAAAUUGUAGACUGGGUGGCGUGGGAGAACUGAAGUGGAUUUUAAGAGUUGGUAUGAAUAUCUGAAAGUAAGUGCUCAACUAGUACUUUCUUGUGCUUGUCACUGUGCAAGUAUUGUGUACAUGUAAUAGUUGGUAUAGAGUUUGGUGUUGUAGCUGAGGAAUUGAACCUUUCCUUGUGUUGUUAAUUGCUUGUAAUAUGUGGAGCACAAAUAAAAUCUACACUAUUUUGAAACUUUUUAGUUCAGAAAUAUCAAUAGAAAACAAUUUAAAUAGUUCAGGAUCCUGGUAACAGUUGUACAACAGAGCUGCUUGAAAGAAGUGGCCUCACUAUUGUGGGAAUAGGCUUUGAUUUUCCAAUGAAAACAAUUCUGGAAGAACCUCUGUUUAAGGAAAAAAAAGGAACAAGAAAGGAUUGUCUUGAUUAAACAUUCUUGUUUAAUUUA